AUUUAGCAAUUUAAUGGUCAAGGAGCACUUGUGGUUUUGGGAAACGCGUUUUAUCGUGGUCAGCAGGCGACAUGGAAAUGACUGAAAGGUUCUGCCAAGGUUUCAGAGUUGACCUGCCAAAUGGCUCCACCUCCGUGGAUUCUGAUCCAAUGACAGAGGAGAAACUGAGAGACGACUUGAGGUUUUACUUCAUGAGCCCUUGUGAGAAGUACAGAACCCGACGACAGCUGCCAUGGAAAUUAGCAGUGCAAAUUUUUAAAAUAUUCAUGAUUACACUCCAGCUCAUACUGUUUGGACUGAAUAACCAGCUUGUGGUGUCCUAUAAAGAAGAGAACCUGAUGGCCUUCAAGAAUUUGUUUUUGAAGGGCUACAGUGGUGUGGAUGAGGAUGAAUACAGUAUUUCCAUCUACACCAAAGAGAGAGUAUUUGAUAGUUUACACUAUGUAUUAGAUCAGUACGCGCAGUUACAAAACCUGUCUGUGGGUCCCAUUAGUUAUGCUGAAGAAAAUGGAGAGUUUUCUCCCAUGAUUAUAUGUAAGAAGAGCUACAAAAGAGGCGAUGUCCAACCAUCUGAGGAUGUCUAUGACAUUGAGGCCCAGCUUGAAAUAGUUUGCUUAACUCUUGAUCAAAAGUCUGUCUUGACGUGGAGGAUGAACAAUGCUUCGUUUUUUGAGUUGGACUUUUAUAGGCUUGUGGGAAUUGAAAUCACUUUUGCACUCGAGGGAAUUAAUCUGCAGACAGUUCGUUCACAUGAGCUGCCAGACUGUUGCACAUUUUUUGUGAAGAUUGACUUUGAUAACAGUUGUCAUAGUGGGAAGAUGAAACUGAGUCUUGAUUUUGAUGCUGUUAGUAGCUUGUGCAAAAACUGGAGGAUUUCAGGAACUGCUCAGAAAAACACUCUGUACCUCCUGAUUUUUGAUGGAUUUGUUAUUCUGGUGUGUCUUAUUUCUGCCAUUCUCUGCACUCGCUCCAUUAUACUUGCUGUGAAGUUACUUCAGCGAUUCUCCAGCUUCUGUCUUGACAAUUAUAACCAUAAAGUGUGUGAAGAGGAUCAGAGGGAGUUUUUGAAUGGCUGGUAUGUUUUGGUGAUCAUCAGCGACGUGAUGGCCAUCAUCGGAUCCAUAUUGAAGAUGGAAAUACAAGCUAAGAGUCUGACCAACUAUGAUGUCUGCAGUAUCUUACUGGGCACGUCCACUCUCAUGGUUUGGGUCGGCGUUAUUCGAUAUCUGGGAUACUUUGAAAAGUACAAUGUGCUCAUCCUCACCAUGAGAGCUGCUUUACCGAAGGUGCUUCGCUUCUGCUGCUGUGCUGGGAUGAUCUAUCUGGGCUACACCUUUUGUGGCUGGAUCGUCCUAGGACCCUACCAUGAGAAGGGUUACCAGACGACAGGCUUCCCCAUGACAGAGCUGCAUUGGUUUCUGAAGGGCCAGAAGGAGUGUUUCCCCCUUCAGGGCCAGGAGGAGAUGGAGCCAGAGAUGGUCCAGCCUUCAGGCCUGCUGUGCUGCUGCCAGAGGAAUCCCAAAGACGACACCAUUGUCCUCAUCAGCUGACCGCUGCCACUGUUUAAGCAUUCAAUCUACUGAACACUGCUGUGGGUUUGCAGCUUAAUAAUGGAAAGAUUGUGUGUAACAUGCUUACUGCUCCAUGCAAAGUACUUGGUUCAUGUGCUACACAGGAAGCAAGAGCUCAGUGAACAUGUCAAUUUCAUUAGAAACCGGUAAAACCUGCAUUAGCAAGCAGAUAAAUGGCAAACAUCUUUUAAAGUGCACUGCAAUCCAAUUACAA